CUCGAAGACCAGAGUGUUGCUCUUCCUAUUGAAUCUUUGCUCAUCUAAAAGUCUAAAGUUUUCAUUUUAGAUGCGUUGAAUUGGAACACUCGUAACUAACUCACAUCUUUAAACGAACAAUAAACGAGUGUUUCAGAGUCAUUUAACAAAUCAAAGGAUGUCUCUGAAGGUUCCGGAGGAUCGGACAGUGCGCAUUGUGUUUCUGGGAGCCGCAGGGGUCGGGAAAACCUCCCUGAUCACCCGCUUCUUGCAGGAUCGCUUCGAUUCCAAAUACACGCGCACCGUGGAGGAGCUUCACGCGCUCGAGUACGACACGGAAGGUGCGAGAGUGCGCAUAGAGAUCUUGGACACGAGCGGCAGUUACGCCUUUCCAGCGAUGCGGGCUCUGUGCAUCCGCACUGGGGACGCGUUUGCGCUGGUGUACGCGGCCGACGAACCGCACUCCCUGGAAGAGCUCCAGCGACUCCGUGAGGAGAUUUUGGAGUUAAAAGGGGUUACAUUUACAGGCAUCACGGUGAUAGAGAAUAAAUCAGACCUGGACAGCCGAUGUCGCCAGGCCACUGCCGAAGUGAUGCGCACGGUGGAGGAGGACUGGGGCGCGGGGUUCGUGGAGACGUCCGCGUGCACUGGCGAAAAUGUAACUGGGGUGUUUCGGGACUUGCUUCAGCAGCUGAAGUUACCGAGCCGUGUCAGCCCGGCACUUAGCAGACGGAGGCAAACAAUGACAAAAGAAAGUGCAGGGGCGGGGAAAAGGUCUCCUAUGAAGAAAAACAAUAGCUGCAUAUUGUCUUAAUGGACAUUGUCACAUGAAUUUAUGUGCAUCACAGUGAUGCUUGACGAACUUGAAUCAAUAUGGACAUUAAUUAAAUGUUGGACCUUGACAAAGUAUUGUCUCAUUGGCUUUAUUGAUGCUUUAUUAUAAUAAUUGAUUUGGCUCAUUUGAAUGUUUAA